AUGGCAGCAUGCGAGGCAGAGCCCAUGCGCGAUGGCCGCAUCGUGGAUGGCAAGAUCGAUCUGUCCACGGGCCUGUGGGACACAAGCUUGGAAAUGCCUCCUCGCCAGGAUGCCUCGGACGUGGAUGCCCGCGAUGCGAACACCCCCGACAAGUGGAUCAAGCGGCACCCGGCAAUGCUUCGCAACACGGGGAUGCACCCCUUCAAUUCGGAGCCGCCCCUGAAGAAGCUCCAGGAAGCUGGUUGGAUCACCCCGCCCUCGCUCUACGUUGUCCGCAACCAUGGUGCCGUGCCGCAGCUCACAUGGGCCGAGCACAAGCUGAAGAUCACGGGAGUUCCGAAGCCGUGCGAGCUGAGCAUGGAUCAGCUGGCCUCUGGGGAGUGGGGCAACGUGGUGUCAAUCCCAGUGACCUUCAUUUGCGCAGGCAACCGUCGCAAGGAGCAGAACAUGACCAAGAAAACUGUUGGCUUCGACUGGGGUGCCGGUGCUGUGGGCAACUCCGUGUGGACAGGCGUGCGACUGUGUGAUCUUCUGAGGCACCUGGGCAUCACAAGGCCCUCCAAAGAGCAGCGUUUUGUGCACUUCGAGGGUCCCCUGGGCGAGCUGCCGCAGGGUAAGACGGGCUCCUAUGGCACCUCCAUUGACAUCGGUUGGGCCUUAGACCGCGAGCGUGACGUGCUCCUCGCCUUCAAGCAGAACGGCGAGCUCCUCACCCCGGACCAUGGGGCUCCCCUCCGCACGCUACUCCCAGGGUGCAUCGGCGGGCGAAUGAUCAAGUGGCUCACCGCCAUGUGGGUGUCUGACCAGCCGUCUCAGAACCACUACCACUACUUUGACAAUCGCGUGCUGCCGCCCCACGUGGACGCUGACUUGGCCUAUGCGGAAGGCUGGUGGUACAAGCCUGAGUACAUCAUCAACCACAUGAACAUCAACUCUGCCAUGUUCGAGCCGCGCCACAACUCCUACGUGCACAUGGCCCAGACGGACAGGCCAGCCACCAUCAAGGUUUGUGGAUACGCUUAUACGGGCGGCGGUAACAAGAUCAUCCGUGCGGAGAUCUCCCUGGAUUCCGGGAAGUCGUGGGAGAUCACGGACCUGACCCGUCCAGAGGACGACAUCGCUGCGGCACGUGGGACGGACAAGCACUGGUGCUGGUCCUGGUGGGAGACAGAAGUGGACCUGGGGCGCCUGGAGCAAGCUGAAGAAAUCUGCUGCCGCGCCUUUGACUCGAACCAAAACAGUCAGCCGGUCCAGUUGACAUGGACUGUCAUGGGCAUGCUGAACAACCCCAUCUACAGGAUCAAGAUCCACCGCGAGGCGGAUGCAGAGGGCCGGGACAUGAUCUGGUUCGAGCACCCGACUCAAGGUUCCAUGCCCGGAGGCUGGAUGACAGAUGCUGCCGGCAAGUUCGACGGGGCCUUCGCGGCCCCAGCGACGCCCGGCAAGAACGGCGUCCCUCCCCAUCGGCCAGUCGCAGCUGUGUGGAAGGGUGCCCGCGAGGAGGCCGUGGGUGCCGGGGGCGCCAAGAAGAGCGAGAGCGCUGCAGCGCCCGCUGAAGCCGGGAAGUUCGUGAAGUCCACCGCGGAGUGGUUGACCCAGGGCAUCUCCAUGGACGAGGUGAAGAAGCACAAUGAUGAGCAUUCCUGCUGGUUUGACCACCCCGGUGGUGCUUCCUCCAUGCUUCUGGCUGCGGGCAUGGAGGCCACGGAGGAUUUCGAGGCAGUACACUCAUCCCGCGCCUGGGACAUGCUGAAGGACUACUACAUGGGGCCCUUGAGGGAGGAGAGUACCAGCAGUGGCCUGGGCAGCAUGGUGGCCAGCAUCCCUGGUGCAGUGUACGGCUUUGGGCAGACGGUCUUCAGCUCCUGCGCGCUGCGCUCCACCCUUGGGGCCAUCCAGAAUGCUAUCGUCCCACAGGUCUUCCUGAACCCAAAGGAGUCGCAGCACCUUGUGCUCAGUGAGAAGAUCGUGGUUUCCCACGACACACGCAUCUUCCGCUUCGCCCUGCCAUCUCCCUCCAUGCGCCUCGGCCUCCCAACGGGCAUGCACAUGAUCCUCAAGGCGAAGGUGAAGGGCAAGCCUGUGAUGAGGGCCUACACACCCAUGACGGAUGACAGCACUGUGGGCCAUGUGGAUCUGCUGGUGAAAGUCUACUUCAAGGGUGUGCACCCGAAGUUCCCGGAGGGCGGCAUGAUGUCGCAGCACCUGGACUCUAUGAAGAUUGGCGACGCCAUCGAGGUGAAGGGUCCUGUUGGCGAGUUUGUCUACCAAGGUCAUGGCAGCUUCACGUGGCACGGCAAGCCGCGUUGGUGCAAGCAGAUCUCCAUGAUUGCGGGUGGCACAGGCCUCACUCCUUGCUACCAGGUCCUAGCUGCCAUCCUGCGCGACCCCACUGACACGACCCAGGUCCGGCUCCUCUGCGCCAACAAGUCGCCCCAAGACAUCCUUGCCCGUGAAACCCUGGAGAAGCUCGCCGCUGAGAACCCAGACCGGUUCACGCUGAGCUUCACCGUAGAUGACAUCGGUGAGGAGACGACGUGGAAGGGGCAUGUGGGUUUUGUCACCCCGACCAUGACAAAGGCGACGCUCUUCAAGGCAGAGGAAGGCACGAUCUGUGCCAUGUGUGGCCCGCCCGUGAUGUUGGAGAAGGCCUGCCACCCGGCACUCAAGGAGCUGGGCUACCGCACAACCGACAUUUUCGAGUUCUAA